CACUGUCGUAGUGUUGUGGAAAGUCCUUGAACGUGAGAUGAAUUUUCCUGCUCACAAUUCUACAAAUAUAAUUUUGAAAAACUAAUAGUGCGCAACAACAUUGUUAACAAACGACACUGAGGUCGUGUGAGUGCGAAGACAGUGAAAAAUGGGAGCUGAUAAAAGGAUUAGUCGGACAGAACGGAGUGGUAGAUAUGGCUCUGAACAGUCCCGCGAUGAAUCAGAAUGGCGCGACAGAAGAGACAGGGAUCAAGAGCGAGAUCACAACAUGCGUCGCUGGGGGGAAGAUAGACGUAGUGAUCGCUAUGAAGGAGGAGAUCGCCGAGGAUCCAGAGACAGUCCAGAGUACAGAGAAAGGAAACGACGCAACAGUGAUCGAUCAGAAGAUGGUUAUCACUCUGAUGGUGACUACCCAGAGCAGGAUUAUAGAAGGGAGCCUGGGGAGGAGAAGAAGAGUAAGACCAUCAUGCUCUGGGGUCUGUCUCCUCAUGUCACUGAGGAUGAUAUUCGUUUUGCCAUAGACCAACUGGAGGGACCCCAGCCAGUGGAUGUCAGGCUGAUGAAAAAGAAAACAGGUAUAAGCCGUGGUUUCGCCUUCGUGGACUUUUAUCACUUGCAAGAUGCUACCCGAUGGAUGGAGACCAAUCAGAAACGUCUGACCAUCCAAGGCAAAAGCGUGGACAUGCACUACAGUCAUCCCAGAAACAAGUAUGAAGACUGGCUCUGCAACACUUGUGGCCUGUACAAUUUCCGGAGGAGGCUGAAGUGCUUCAGGUGUGGAGCAGCCAAAGCUGAAAGUGAAACCAACAGUAAUACUGGAGUCUCUGAAACUCAACCCAGUGGAGACUUCUAUGGCGACACAAUCAUUCUGAGAAAUAUUGCUCCCCUGACCACCGUUGAAGCCAUCAUGACAGCCCUGGCUCCAUACGCUAAUCUUUCAUCGAACAACAUUCGCCUCAUCAAGGACAAGCAGACAGGCCAGAACAGAGGCUUUGCCUUUGUACAGCUGUCCUCUCCUCUGGAGGCCUCUCAGCUGCUAACCAUCUUACAGGGACUACAGCCUCCUCUAAAACUGGAUGGAAAAACAAUUGGGGUGGAUUAUGCUAAGAGUGCUAGAAAGGACCUUUUACUACCAGACGGGAAUCGUGUCAGUGCCUUCUCUGUGGCCAGCACAGCCAUCGCUGCAGCUCAGUGGUCUUCAAGUCAGAGCUCAGAGGGAAUGUCGGAGUACAGCUACUUGCAAGAAGGCUAUACUCCAAUGUCACAGGAGUACCAGACUUACUACCAGCAAGGAGCAGGAGCCAGCACCUCGCAGGGAAAUGGAAUUCUAGGAGCUGCCCCAGGUGUAAAGAUUGUUCCAUCUGCAGCUGGAGUAGUAAUCUCACAGAGUGCACAAGUCUACCAACCCCAUAUAAUUGCUCAGCCUGCUGUUCAGGCAUUGCCACUUGCUCAGCAACUGGAGGCAAAACCCCAGACAGGACAUCUCCCUGGCAUUGAGGCUUCGUCUGUGCCUGUUGCCCCUGUAGUUGCUGCCACUGUUACCGCUGCCAGUACAUUAAUAGCCUCUGGACAGACAGCUGACAACAGCAAUGCUGUUCCUGAUACAUCCACCUAUCAGUAUGAUGAGUCCUCUGGCUACUAUUAUGAUCCUCAAACUGGCCUCUACUAUGACCCAAACACACAUUAUUACUACAACUCUCAGACCCAGCAGUAUCUGUACUGGGACAGUGAGAAGCAGACAUAUGUACCUGCCUCAACUGACGCAAAUGCUGGACAAAAUGAUAACGCAGGCAAAGAACCAAAAGAAGGCAAGGAGAAAAAGGAAAAGCCCAAAAGCAAGACUGCUCAGCAGAUUGCUAAAGACAUGGAACGGUGGGCUAAAAGUCUCAACAAGCAGAAAGAGAACUUUAAGAGUAGCUUUCAGCCUAUUAGUCAAGAAGAGAGGAAGGAGGCAGCAGCUGCUGAUGCUGGCUUCACACUGUUUGAAAAGAAGCAGGCAGGAGCUCUAGACAGACUAAUGCCAGAGAUGCCAAGGGCCCCUGAGGAGGAGCCACCAACCAGCUCUGUCAACACUUCAAAGUGUGGCCUUGUGGCAGCCUACAGUGGAGACAGUGACCCUGAGGAGGGGCUAGCAGAGGUUGAUGGAAGUGACGGAGGCCAGGACAAGCUGACAGACUGGAAAAAGUUGGCCUGCUUGUUGUGUAGGAGACAGUUUCCCAAUAAAGAGAGUCUUAUUCGACAUCAGCAACUCUCUGACCUCCACAAGAAAAACCUGGAGGUUCUACGCAGAUCCCAAAUGACGGAAGCAGAGCUGGAAGAGUUGGAGAGGAAAGAGACUGAGAUGAAAUAUAGAGACAGAGCAGCUGAGAGGAGAGAAAAAUAUGGCAUCCCUGAACCCCCAGCGCCCAAAAAGAAGAAAUUUAGCCAACCAGCACCAGUCAUUAACUAUGAGCAGCCCACUAAGGACGGCCUUAACAGUGACAAUAUUGGGAACAAAAUGCUGCAGGCCAUGGGCUGGAAGGAGGGGAAAGGACUUGGUCGCAACCAACAGGGCAUCACCACACCCAUUGAGGCACAGAUGAGAACAAAAGGAGCUGGACUUGGCACUAAAGGCACCAACUACACCCUCUCUGCUUCAGACACGUACAAAGACGCAGUCCGCAAAGCCAUGUUUGCUCGUUUCACUGAAUUGGAAUGAGACAUUAGUCUCAAGCUCAAAUGAUUGAUCAUCAUGGCCUGCAGAUGAUUUGCUCCAAGGUUUCUGCGUAAAUAAGGAUGGAAGAAUUGGCAUGGAAGCAAAAGAUAGGUCUUUCUUCAAUGAUUUCACUCCAUAUAUGAUCUAUGCCUCUUGCCAUAAACCAGACCAUAGAAAUAAUUUGUAAUGGAGGCAUAUCAAGAGAGUGAAUGACAUAAUUUAUGAGUUGUACAUAUGCACAGUAAAUUUACUUCCCUAGGUUACAGAUUUCUUUUGUAUUUCUUCUGUCGUAAUGCCUUUUUUUGUCACAGCAUGUUAAAAAGAUUGUACAGUUUAUACAAAUUCUUUUGUUUGUACAUGAAAUAAAUUACA